AAAACACCGGUGGCCUCUCGACCGGGGACAAAAAGAAAACUGCACAAACCUCCAUCUGCAGGGAGCGGAAUUCAGAGCUGGCCAGAACUGAUCCUGUACGACCCUUCAUCAGUGGGCAUGUGGCCAACAGCAUGGCAGCAGAGGUGAUCGCUCUGCUUCACAGCUUGCUCAUGGCACCUGAGUCUAACGCAGCUCAGAUAUGGACAACCACAGCUGAAAAAGUCUUGUCUCGUGCUCUGAUGUAUAUUCCCCAGCUGGGAAAAUACGCUGAGAGUAUCUUGGAGAAUGGCAGCAGCAAUGGAAGGAAACUUGCCAAGCUUCAGAGGAUUGCUCGCCAAGCAGUAGCUGCAUUGUGUGCCCUUGGUGGCUUCAAGGAGACCAUCAAAAUUGGCUCUGAAGUUCAGGUGUUGGGUAGGGGAAUAGCCAGAAGUAUUGGAGUGGUGGCAUCUAUUAACGAACAGGAAGCUAUUGCAACGGUCAAAUUUCCACCUAUGAAUAUAGACUGUAGAAAGUCCUCCCAGGCCUCAGACGUUUUAACAGUUCCUUUAUCGAGGCUCUGUGUUCCGAGAUCAGAGGCACUGCCUCUGCAGAAACUGUCCAUUACUGAGAAGGUAGUACAAGCAGUCCAGUCCAUGUUGCUUCCUCAGGAGGGGAGUCUCUCUAUUCAUACCUCGCUUCCUGCAACAGGAGACGGCUCGACUCCAGUAAUGGCGGUGGUCCGACUCCUGGCUGAAAUCCGAACCAGAGCAUGUCUGGUGAUGGCACAGCUAUUGGAGGACAGCUCCUUCUGUGAAGAAUUUAUCCAGCAGUGUCCAGCUGCUGUGGAAGUCCUCAACCUUGUGGCCCAGGAAUGCAGCCCUGGGGAGCGACUCCUUGUUGUAGAAGUACAGUGCGAAAGGUUACGGAUGCUGUACCGUGAUAGCGCUCGUCCACCGCCACCCCCUCUUCAGGCAGACCGAAGACAGCCUAAAGAAAUCACCUGGAGCCCUUCAAGGGUCUUUCCACCUGUGCGAGCCUGCAUGUUCUCCUCACAUCUCACCGCUGUGACCUUCCUUGCGGAUCCCAGUGCAGGCGGAGGGCUUCCUCGGGGCACCUUCAUUUAUGCCACGUCAGCAGUUCCGGUCCAGGCACCAUCUUUCUAUUGGGAGAUUGAAAUUGUGUCCUAUGGAGAUGCAGAUGAUGAUACAGGACCAAUUGUCUCGUUUGGCUUUGCCACUGAAGCUGAGAAGCGUGAUGGAGCCUGGACAAACCCUGUGGGCACUUGCCUCUUCCACAACAACGGGCGAGCUGUUCACUACAACGGUUCCAGUUUGCUGCAGUGGAAGAGCGUGCGCCUGGACGUGGCCCUCUCUCCUGGUGAUGUUGCAGGCAUUGGCUGGGAACGGACAGAAGGUACGCCUCCUCCUCCAGGACAGCCGGCCAAAGGCAGAGUCUAUUUUACGUACUGUGGACAGCGGCUGGGGCCCUAUCUGGAAGAUGUGUCUGGAGGAAUGUGGCCAGUGGUCCAUAUCCAGAAGAAGAAUACCAAAGUCCGAGCCAAUUUUGGGUCCCAUCAGUUUGCCUACGUGGAAGGACAAGCUCACCGAAACGCCGCCGACCUCUGCAUUGACCUGGCAGAAGAAAUUAGUGCCAACUUCGAAGUGCUGCCUUUUGCCAUGGCUUCCGACAGUGACAACGAUGCCGGCACCAGCACGGCUUCUGAUCCCGGGACUCACGGGCCCCCUUGCAGGAUCGCAGCUGUGGCCACUGCUCAGCAACAAUAUGACAGUGACUCCUCUUGUCAUUACAAAAUGGAACGCAGCUAUGAGAACUUCAUCAUGUCAGGUCCAGAUCCUCACCCCCCUCCCAUUGCAGAUGAUGAAAGCGAUGAUGACGACGACGACGACGUCCCGCGGGAGGAUCACUAUGCCUUGCUUGUUAAAGCCUGGGAGACCAAGGUGUUCCCCACAAUUAGGAGGCGCUUCCGCAACGAAGCUGAGAGGAAAUCCGGCUUGGAUCAAAUUAAGGGAGCUUUACAGUUAGGAAUGGUUGAUAUAGCCCGGCAAACCGUAGAGUUCCUCUAUGAGGAAAAUGGGGGUAUCCCUCGUGACCUAUAUCUUCCCACAAUUGAGGAUAUCAAAGACGAAGCCAACAAGUUCACCAUCGAUAAAGUUCGAAAAGGUCUCACUGUUGUGACCCGCUGCCCAGAUAGCAAUAACAUGGCCACCAACGCCGUAGGAACUGCACUGCCAAAGUUUGCAAUCCGUGGGAUGCUGAAGACCUUUGGGCUCCAUGGAGUUGUUCUGGAUGUAGAUUCGGUGAAUGAACUGGUGCAAGUAGAGACUUAUCUCAGGAGCGAAGGGGUCUUGGUCAGAUAUUGGUAUCCAAUUGACAUGCUCGAGCGACCGCCUGCCGGGUACAGGAGGACAGCAACAAAUGGGCUGGUUUCUCUGGACAAUUCAAACAUUCAGAUUCACAGAGAACUGCUACGCUGCGAAGCUGUGCUCGCUCGCCUGUAUUGCCGGAUGGCUCUGCUCAACAUUUUUGCCCCUAAAACGCCUCACAUGUUCACUCAGCUCUUCAGUAUCCGGGACAUCACUCUGGAACAUCUCCAGCUGCUCUCCAAUCAGCUUCUGGCACCACCCCUUCCUGAUGGUACCAUCAGCUCCACCUCCAUCCUUCUGGCCCAGUCCCUCCAGCACUCCAUACAUUCUCAGAAUUGCUCGGUCACUGACCUCUUCUACCAGGGCAAUGCCCAGACGGUCCAAGAAUGGCUCACCAUCGCCAUCGCUCGGACCUGGCACCAGGGAGAGGAAAGCUUGCUCGACCUGACGAAACAGAUCUGCUUCUUCCUGCAGAAUGCUCCUGAGCAGUUCCCAUCAGAAGAGUUUCCCAUUUCUGAAUCCAAAGUAAACAUGGACGUCCAUUUUCCUGGUUCUGCCUUUGUAAUUGUGUCCUGUAAGGAAAGUCAGUCUGGAUUCCGUAAAGACUCCUCCCUGUACAAGGCCCCCUGGGCCCGGAUUUUGCUGUACGGCCUGGGCCACAAGGUCAAGAAGAACGGCCAGCUGAACCUCAUAGAAGCUGUGUGCUAUCCUCGGGAUGCUUCCCCUACCAACACAGGCCUGACCCCACCCCCCACGACCAACCAAUAUCCUUCGGUCAUCAUCUCGACAGACAAGGUCCACAUCAAACUGGGCGUGUCCCCCCCUCCCGGUGCGGUGUUGGUUCUGCAUUCCCUUCCGCUGGAAUUCCCCCUGGCCGUAGCGUUCGCAGAGCAGCUGCUUAGCUGGAAGCAGGAGGAGGGCGAUGGGAGAUCCGACGAGGAGCCAGAUGCGAUCCCCACCUCGGUUCUCCUGCAAGUGGUGGAAAUUCUAGGGAACUUUCUGUGGACAACCAGCAUGGCCCCCUGCGUGAAGGAACUGCUUUUUCACCUCCUGGCUGAACUGCUUCGCAAAAUACACAGCCUAGAGCAGCGGAAGAACCCCACAGGCUUGUCCUCCUCCAUCGCACUCCAGCUCAACCCUUGCCUGGCCAUGCUGAUGGCUCUCCAGUCAGAGCUGCACAAGCUGUAUGACGAAGAAACCCAAAGCUGGGUGUCUGGAAAUGCCUGUGGUGGAUCUGGGGUGGGGGGAGCUGACCAAGGCAGGUUUUCUACUUAUUUCCAUGCACUAAUGGAGGUCUGCCUGGCUGUGGCCGAAGUGACCUUGCCAGUCAAUAUGGGCAUCACCACCAACGUGAUGUCAUCAACCAGCGGCCCGAAUCUAAGCGAUUCCUCCUCCUCCUCUUCCUCCUCUCCUGGGCAGACUCCUCAGAGCCCCAGUCUUCUCUCAAAGAGGAAGAAGGUGAAAAUGAAACGAGAGAAGAGCUCGACUUCAGGGAAACGGUCUUCAUCCCGCACGGCCGACACGGACCCUGCCCUGCUGAGCAUUGGUGGGAGUAAGCCAGAGGACAUGUUGUGGUUCCAUCGGGCACUCACCUUGCUUAUCAUCCUUCGGCACCUGACCAGGAAGGACCCUCAGGGGCUGGGUGUGACCAACGAUGCUGUGGCGGAUGCGUGCCAGGCCCUGGUCGGGGCAACAGCUCACAACCGCUUGCUGGUGAUUUCGGGGAUCCCCACACACCUGGAAGAAGGGGUUGUGCGGAGCGCCAUCCGCAAGGCCUGCAACGCUCACGGUGGCGUCUUCAAAGACGAGAUCUAUAUCCCAGUGCAGGAGCAGGAGCCUAAGAAAGCCAAGGACAAAGCGGAGGGUGGGGAGUGUCGGACUGAGCUGGACAAGCCAGUGGUGUCCAGCAGUGUGGACAGCCUGGACAUCAGCAGUUCCAGCAGCGUCACUCCAGCCAUGAGUGUCAGUGCUUCUGCCUCCACUAGCCAGGCCUCCCUGUGUAGCUCGCAGGGCAUCUCCCGGACCAUUAGCGAUAUCUCUGUGGACCAGUUUCAAGCCGGCCUGGAGGUAGCUGUCCCACCCAGCUUGCUGGAGCCGCACGUGGUCUCCAGUCAGGAGAGUUUAGACCUGUCGCUCUGCAGCACCGGGAGCCUGGGCAGCCUGGGCAGCCUUGGGGAGCAGUUGGAUAACGGGGAGACAGCUUCAGCAUCUGACGUGGGGUCUAUGUACACAGUCACGUCGCUCGGCAGUCAGACGGUCCCAUCCAGACCCAUCAAGGGCUUCGCUGUGGUGGAGAUACGGUCCCGGGCCAAGAUCGAAAAGAUCCGGGCUAGUUUAUUUAACAGUAGCGAUCUGAUUGGUUUGUCAACUCUGGACGGAGAAGACGAACUCAUGGAAAUGUCCACUGAAGAGAUUUUAACUGUCUCGACAGUGAAUCAGAGUUUGUUUGAUACCCAAGGGAGCCCUGCGCUGGAGGACUACUUCAGUGACAAAACCAUCAAAGGGGACAAGCUCGUGCCAGGCGCUCGGGAAGUCCUCACAGAAAUAUUUAAAAGCUGCCUUCAUUCUGAGCAAAUGCUGAGCCUGAUGCCGGCUAAGCCCACCAAAGUGGUGGAGAUUUACCUGAGCAAAGAGCAGAUCAAUGCCCAGGCCCCCGGGAACCUGCUGCACACCUUCUUCACCCAUGUCCGUCCCCCAAAGAAAGCUCUGGAGGAUCAGCUUACCCAGAUCCUCAGAAAAUACGGAGUCCCCAAACCAAAGUUUGACAAGAGCAAGUACAACAAGGGGGGCAAAGAACAGCACCCAGUGAAAGUCGUGAGCACCAAGCGACCUGUCACAAAACCCCCAGCCAAGGAGAAGGCCAUGCUGAACAGCGUCAGGACAGCGCUGAGUGAGAAGAAGCCCACAGUGAAGGCCCGAUCCCCAGAGAAGAGCAAACCUGAGGAGAAGGACCCAGACAAAUCCCCCACCAAGAAGCAGGAGGCACCGGAAGAGAAGUAUUUGACACUAGACGGAUUUCACCGAUUUGUCAUUGAUCGAGCAAAGCAGGACAUCCGUAGUGUGUGGCGAGCCAUUCUGUCCUGUGGUUAUGACCUCCAUUUUGAAAGGUGUGCGUGCCUUGAUGCCAGACACGCUCAGAAAGCUUGUCGCAAGUGGUCCUUGGAAAUGGACGUUGCCCUGGUCCGGUACAUCAACCGGCUCUGCCGCCACCUGGCAAUAACCCCUGCACGGCUGCACCCCCAUGAAGUGUACUUGGACUCUGCCGAUGCUGCUGACCCACAGGUCUCCUGCCUCUUGAACAUCCCCAUCGAAAGCCUCCGCCUGCGCUUUGCCUUGCUGCAGUCCCUCAACACCACCUUGGAGACCUUCUUCCUUCCGCUGGUGGAGCUCCGCCAGACCAAGGUGUACCCCAACAGCAUUGCAGCCCUCCUGCAAGAGGCAAAAGGACUGAUUUUUUAUGACACGAAAGUGACGGUCUUGAAUCGAGUGCUAAAUGCCACAGUGCAAAGAACAGCUGAUCAUGCAGCCCCAGAGAUCACCUUGGACCCCCUCGAAAUAGUGGGAGGAGAGAUUCGUUCUUCAGAAAAUUCCUAUUUCUGCCAGGCUGCCCGGCAACUGGCUUGCGUCCCGUCCUCACAGCUCUGUGUGAAAUUGGCCAGUGGAGGAGACCCCACUUACGCCUUCAACAUUCGCUUCACUGGCGAGGAGGUUCAUGGCACAAGUGGAUCUUUCCGUCACUUUCUUUGGCAGGUCUGUAAGGAACUCCAGAGUUCAUUGCUGUCCCUCCUUUUGCUCUGUCCAAGCUCAGCAGUCAAUAAGAACAAGGGCAAAUAUAUUUUGACGCCCAGCCCCAUCAGCUAUGGGGAGGAACAGCUGCUACACUUCUUUGGGCAACUCCUGGGGAUUGCCAUUCGGGCUGAUGUCCCUCUGCCUCUGGAUCUCCUGCCCUCCUUCUGGAAGAUCUUGGUAGGAGAACCACUGGAUCCAGAUGUUGACCUCCAGGAGGCUGAUGUAUUAACCUACAAUUAUGUCAAAAAAUUUGAAAACCUUAAUGAUGAGACUGAGCUGGAGGCCCUCUGUGCUGAAAUCGCUUCCCAGCACCUUGCAAUGGAGAGCCCGGACUGUCCCAGUAAGCCCAGCUGCAAGUUCACCUAUGUGACAAUGACGGGAGAAGAGGUGGAGCUGUGCGCCAGAGGCAGGCACAUCCCUGUCGUAUGGGAGAACAAGGAUGUCUAUGCGACAGCCAUUCGGAAUCUGAGGUUACACGAGCUGCAGACUCCAGAGUGUGUGAUGGCUGUGAGGGCUGGCUUGGCCUCGAUUAUCCCAUUGCAGGUUUUGACCUUACUGACACCCGUGGAGAUGGAGCUGAGAACUUGUGGACUCCCCUACAUCAACCUGGAGUUCCUCAAGGCACACACUAUGUACCAAGUUGGGCUAAUGGAGACUGACCAGCACAUUGAAUUUUUCUGGGGAGCAUUGGAGAUGUUCACUCAGGAGGAGCUCUGCAAAUUCAUCAAGUUCGCCUGUAACCAGGAGCGCAUCCCCUUCACGUGUCCCUGUAAGGAUGGGGGGCCAGAUACAGCACAUGUGCCGCCAUACCCCAUGAAAAUUGCACCCCCAGAUGGCACUGCAGGUUCCCCAGAUUCGCGAUAUAUCCGUGUUGAGACCUGCAUGUUCAUGAUCAAACUCCCUCAGUAUUCCUCGUUAGAGAUCAUGUUGGAAAAGCUUCGGUACGCUAUCCACUAUCGUGAGGACCCUCUCAGCGGUUGACCUGCUCCGCCUCAAGGGAAGGCCCUUCAGAGGACGCACCUGAGGAGUCUGGCCGUGACAAAGCAAGAGCAGAAGGUGAAUUCUGUCCUCACCUUUGUUCUUGCAACGGUGGUUGUAGAAGACUUCCAUUUCCUCUUUGUAGACUUCUGUGGUGGAUGGAGUGUCUUUGCUGCCUUAUAGAAAAGUUAGUACAUGGACUGAUGUUCGCAAACCUGGGGAUCCUUACUUUUCUUCCUAAUUAGAAGAGUGCUAAUGGCUGAGUGGAAAUUCAGUGAUCAGGCUUGCGAGGUGGUGAUCCUCCCACCACCAUUUCUGAGUGCAUCAGUGAGGCAACCACACUUGUUUUCUGUAAUUGAGGCAUAACUAGACAAGAACUAACAUUUUUCACUUUUUGCCAGGGUUGGAACUGAAGGUGGUAACUUCAUACAUUCCACUGUACAAUGAUAAAAUAACUAUUGCUUCAUGGUUGCAUAAAGCCUAAAUUGUAAUGAUCUAAAGAGUCGGGGGGGUGCCUUUCUUACUGUUGGAAUGAUCAUCCAGUUAAUUGGCUCAAAUCCAACUGACCCCAAAGGUCUGCCUUGCACUCAGAAAUGGUCCUUCUGAGAGUACCGUUGGCAUGUUGCAAUUAGAUGGAAGCGGGGGGGAAACGUGACUUUAGGGAGGAGGAUCCUGGGUUCUUCCUUAGCAAAAGGCAGAGAGGAUCCACGUGGCUUUCUGGUUUCUGUGUUUUUAUUUCAGUUAAGAGUUUUCAGAGUAACUCUUGAGACUCGCACACUACUGGCGUCCUUGCCAGAUGCACCCUGCUUUUGAGUGACACAUCGAGCACGCACAUGGUUUUUUUUCUUGGCUAGGGUGUCCUAAACAUCUAACAAAAAUAGUAUUGGAUCAAGCCAUUUUGGGGUUGCCCUCCAAUCCGAGUCUCCAAAGGGCCUCAGACAGCCCAGCUUGGCUUGGUGCUAUCCAGGAGAUGUGAAUGCCAGCAGCGCCCACAGCUUGCUUUCUUCCCUGCGGAAGCCACGACAUUGCAAGCUGUAAUCUAAAGGCUGCCGGGAGAGGAGAUUCUGAAGAGUUUUGCUUGUCCGUAGCAACGGAAGAGCUGUAUUUAGUGUAUAUUACUGUGAAUACUGUUAAUUAUUUGGCCUGUGUGACGUGCGGAUGGAGGUUGGGGAUGAUUGGGAAGAUGCGUGACUGUUUUUAGAGCAAGGAGUUGACAUGGAAAGGCUCCAUCUUAACCCUUGCUUAGCAUCCCUCUUCACCCUUGAGCCUGGCCCAUCUUCUGGCUGAGGUGGGCCCGCAUAGUCAGACUAAAGGGAGAUGUGGUAUGGCACAUUUACGAGCGCCCAAGACCAACCCAGCUAGAACAAAGGGAUCGAGCUGACUUGGUUCCAUCCACAAAGACCACGCUGGGCUGUGCAGGACCGGCAGGCGUGCUUUCCAGGGAUCUGGUGGCUUGUGGAUCUGAAACACCCAGUUUCUCCCAAGGGGACUUCUUGUUCAAAUACCUCACGGAUACCUUUCAGUUGCCACAUCGCCAGCUGCGAACAUAAGUGGAUGCUGAUGCUCCCUCUCCCUCCUAGAGACCGGCAGGGUAUCCAGAGUAUCCACGUUUUGGCCCAGAAGUGUGUGUGCUGUAAAGUGACUUGGUGUAUAUUUAUUCUAAUUAUUUAUGGUUGCAUUUAAGAAAACAAAUGGUCUUCUAUGGUGUUUACACCCCACUCACUGUAAAUGGAGCUUCUUUGGGGGAACUUGUGUGUCCAGAUCUUACACCUUUCCUCUGCAUGGUGGAUUCCUUUGGAAGAGCAGGCCAGGGCAAGCUGAAGGAAGCUACUCAGUGAGACUGAGCAAACUGUGAAAGAAAUCGGUCUGGAGUUCCAGAGUCUGUCAGGUCUAUUUUGGUUCACUGUACGGCUACUGCUUAUGGCCUGCAGUAAGGCUGCUGCUUGCUACUGAACCUGGGACUGUGAGUUUUCUUUAACUUGAAUAGUUGUUCUGAAUGUAAAAGCUGUUCCUGAAGACAGCAGAGAACACAGAGGCAUUUCAGUUUGAGCUUAUGUUCAGUAUCCAUUCUGAUAUUUAUUAUCCAUGAUUAACCCGUUGAAGUGCUUUUGGGCAGGGAUGAAGCCUCUGGGCCACAGGGAAUUUCUGCUUCCUGAAUGCGCUCCUUAGCCUUUGGCUGGGAAACAGAAGCCCUGAAGCUUUCAAGGCACCAAGACGCGGUCCAGCUCCUUGAGAUGAAGAACCACAGGCUGCCUGCUCCAGGCCACUUUGGGAGAGGUUUAAUGCACUGUAUUUUUUUAUUUAUAUUUACUUAAGCAAAUGUGUAAAUAUUUUGUAUGAAAGGGAAAUGUGAGCCAAGGGCUGUCGCUUUCUUGGGCACGGAGGACUCCGCAUUUCCUUCUGCCUAGGGGAGAUCGGCUGCUCAGCUGACAAGUGCGUGUUUGCCAUUCUUUUGUUAAUUUAUUUGCUGCUUUUCACACCUCGAUUCUACCACAAUGGUCUCUCCCUCGAACUGUUGCCUCUCCUCAAGAAUACUUAAAAAAACAACAACCAUAGCUUGUCUCUGUAAACACAUGAUAGUACUUUGCCCUUGGAAAGAACACCGCAAGGUUGGUUCCACUUGUUUUUAAGAAUUCUUUGGCUUUUCUUGUAUUUAAUAAAUGCUUACAUUGGGUGGAA